UCUCAGAUGGUCAAGUUGUUGGUCUCUUGGGUGUAUGGGACGUUAUUUUGAGUAUUCCUAUCUCAUCAUAAACAUACAUUUGUACAUUUUCUGAGUACUAGAAGGAUCUACGUAUUAUCUACGCGCCCUAACAUCAGUCCUCGUCUUCUUUCACAAUGACAGAAGUUGUCACAGAGUCCCCCCCUCCCAUCCUUCAAGGCCCUUCCGACAAGGAGAAGAAAUAUGAUCGACAACUACGAUUAUGGGCAGCUUCGGGACAAGCAGCAUUGGAAAAUGCUAAUUUGUUACUAUUGAAUUCGGGUUCUGGUACAGUUGGUGUUGAGGCUUUAAAGAAUUUGGUUCUUCCAGGUAUGUAACACGCCCAAUUAUGCCGAGUCAACUAACAACAAUAGGCAUUGGAAAAUUCACAAUUGCGGAUGAGGCACUUGUGAACGAGGCUGAUCUAGGUGUUAAUUUUUUUCUUGACGAGGACAGCUUGGGAAAAUCAAGGGCAGAACAAUGUGUGAAACUUUUACGAGAACUCAAUCCAGACGUGAAUGGGGACUGGUAUCCGAAGCUCAAGGUACAUCUGCACACCUGCUUGCUCUUCAACAUAUAUGCUAAACAGAAUAUAUAUGUAGGAUACUAAAAUAGAUCAAGUCUUCGAAUCAGACCAACAACAAAAAUAUACAUUAAUAAUAUACUCGUUUCCUAUUGAUCCUAAAAUCCUCGCCCUUGCAGAGAAAUACAGCGCAACCCACAAAGUGCCUCUCGUCAGCAUACACUCGGCAGGGUUUUACUCAUAUUUUAGGACGCAUCUACCAGGAAACUUUCCUAUUGUUGACACUCAUCCCGACUCGACUGCCACGACAGACUUACGGCUCUUGCAACCAUGGCUAGAACUUUCGAAUUUUGAAGCAGAUCUGACAAAAAACAUCGACACACUCAAUGAUCAUGAGCAUGGGCACAUACCUUACCUAGUCUUGCUCCUACACUUUUUAAGGAAGUGGAAAGAAGACCAUGGAUCCUACCCAUUGUCAUACAAAGAGAAAACAGAAUUUAGGACCAUAGUUUCAAGUGGCACAAGAAGAAAUAAUCCCGAGGGUGGAGAGGAGAACUACGAUGAAGCUGUUGCAGCUGUGCUGAAGAAUAUCUCCAUCCGAGAUUUAGACAGUUCUGUGAAGGAAGUCUUCGAGUAUAAACCAACCGAGGUAUGAUAAGAGUGUUUCAAUUGAGUGAUCUAGUGCUAAUCGUCAUGAUUUAGGAAGAAUCAGAAUCAGAUUUCUGGAUUAUAGCUGGUGCUGUCAAGCGAUUCUAUGAGAAGCAUAAUGAGCUCCCGCUUCCAGGAUCCGUCCCAGACAUGAAGGCCCAAUCAAAUAUAUAUGUACAACUCCAGAAUAUUUACAAGGCAAAAGCUCGCCAAGAUGUUCAGGAAGUACUAGAAACUAUUCACGCACAUUCGCGUGUUAAGGAGAUUAAAGUGGAGGACGUGGAGGUGUUCUGUAAGAAUGCUGCUUUCAUCAAGCUUAUCCGAGGCUCGGAUCCGAUAUCAAAUUUGCAAAAGAUAGCAAGUAUGUUUAACACGUAUAUCCAAUGUUUGAAGAACCGAGACUAAUACGCCAGAGUAGAAUCGGAAUCUGAGAAUGACGAAAAUGCCCCUUUUACUAUGAUGCCAUUAUCAAACCUUCCUAUCUACUUAGCUCUUCGCUCAACUUCCCACGUACCGUUAGCUAGUUCGUCUGAAAUCCUAGCCCAUAUUGACAAAGAAAUCCCAAAUGCCUCUUCCAGUCCGCGUUUCCAAAAAGUCGCUGAAGAAGUAGCACGAGCCAAAGGAGGGGAAUUACACAACAUCUCUUCACUGACGGGGGGAAUGGUAGCACAAGAAAUCAUCAAAAUUAUCACGAAACAAUAUGUACCGAUCGACAACACAUGCAUAUUUGAUGGUAUCACAAGUAGGGCACAAGUAUUGAGGAUAUCUGAGGAAACAAAAACAACUGUGCCUUGAAAAAUGGAAUAGGGGAUUUGGUGAAAUUGGGGGCCAUAUGAUCCGACAAGGAGGUAACAUUAUGCAUAUCGAGAUGCAAAUAGUGCGGAGAAACAUAAAGAUUAACGAAGAUUUGCGAAUGUCAUCAGGUCAAGGCUAAUCACUAAUGAUAUCAUGAACAAUAGAAAGACCGAAUCAAUAUAUUCCAUAGCAAAUGCGAGAAUUUUCAAAAGCGAAAAAAGAGGGGUUCAAAAGCAUGAUGACCAUACAUACAAAUCACGCGGUGCGAAAGAAAACCAAAAAUCACAACAUGGUACAAAGUUACACCACAUCAUGCACGCGGAAGAUCAUGACAGGAUGAUUUUCUAGUGAUACAUCUGUCGUGCAGGUCUAAGAGAGUUAGUAGAGUAUAUAGCAUGCAUUUCCGCAUUCGCUUCUGAGUCUGAGUAGGGGAUGGAUGGGUAUAUGUUGCACGGCGGAGACAUUUACAACACCACUUCGUUGGUUUGGGGGGUUUGAGGCGGCUAGAUGGGGGU